CGUUGAUCGUUCAUCGCGCUAAACCCACGUUAUUUUCACACACUCUUCCACUCUGUGUUUCUGAAGUCUUCUGCUACAGUGUUGUUGGGUCCUUGUGCUUGAAAUCAUUGACAUGGUUUCUAAUUAGACACCUGAGAUUCGAUCACCAUGAACCGCUUUUGCUUCUAAUCAGGGUGUUUUGCAUCAGAUCCAAUGGGUGAGUGUGUGUCAGAUCAAGAUCAAUCAAGGGCGAAAUGGACUACAUUUUCGACUAAGAUAUUCGUGGAUUUGUUGGUUGAGCAAAUCCGCAAAGGAAAUAGGGGUAGUGGAGCUUUUUCAAAGUUAGCUUGGAAGAUUAUAAGAGAUGAGUUCAAUCAGCAGACUGGUCUCAAUUUUGACAAGCAGCAAUUGAAGAACCACCUUGAUGUUCUUAGGAAGAGGUAUAAUAUGGUGAAGGCGAUUCUUGAUCACACUGGUUUUAGUUGGGAUGUUGCUCAUAUGGUCCGCGCUGAAGAUGAUGUAUGGCAAGAGUACAUUGAGGCACAUCCAGAGGCUGACAUUAUCAGAAAAAGAGGCUGUGAUAUAUAUGAACAUCUUUGCAUUAUCUUCUCAUCAGAUUCCGGAAUCAAUGAGAAACAUGUCAUUGCUGUUUCAGGAACAGCCUCGCAUCAGAUGAAUGAGGAGCAAUCCAGGGCUAAGUGGAGUAUGCCGCUUGAGAAGGUAUUGGCAGAUUUGAUGCUUGAGCAGGUUGCUCAAGGGAAUAGGUCGAACAAUGCUUUUAAUAAUCAAGCAUGGAAGCAUAUACACAAUGAGUUUAAUAGACAAACAGGGUUAAAUUACGACAAGCAGCAGUUGAAGAAUCAUCACAGUGUCUUGAGAAGGUCUUACCACAGUGUAAAGUCACUGCUCGAUCAGGAUGGUUUUAGCUGGGACAAGUCUCGGUGCAUGGUAGCGGCUGAGAGUGAUGUGUGGGCAAAUUACAUUGAGAAGCAUCCCGAAAUUGAGGCGGUAAGAGUCAAAGGCUGCCCACUUUAUGAACAGUUGGAAAGCAUAUUUUCCGAGUCAGGCAGUGCUGGAGUGCCUCAACCACAAACAGUUGGAAAUUCCGUAGUGCCUGAAGUGCCUCAACCACAAACAGCUUCUUUCCAGAUGGAUACUCUUCCUAGUGAAGAUCAAUCCAAGCAAGAUCAAUCAAGAGCAAAGUGGACUGUGGCACUGGAUAAAAUACUCUUAAACCUGUUGAUGGAGCAAAGUCAGCAGAAUAAAAUGUACAAUAAGAAGGCAUGGAAACAUAUACAACAUGAAUUCAAUUACAGAACUGGAUUAACGUUUGAUGGUGAACAGUUGAGGAAUCACCAAAACGUUCUUAGAAGGGUGUAUAAUAACAUUAAGACGGUUCUUGAUGAACCCAGUUUUAGUUGGGAUGACUCUCGGCAUGUGGUAGUGGCUGAUGAUGCAGUGUGGGAGCAGUACAUCAUGGCACAUCCCGAGGCUGAAACAGUUAGAAACAAGGAGUGCCCGAUUUUCAAAGAGUUAUGCACAUUAUUUUCAGAUCCAAGAUCAGAGGGAAGAUACGUUCAAUCAAAUAACGAUGUGAAAUUGGAUCAACUAAAAGUGGAAAUGAAUGGCACUCCUGAAACUGCCAGUGUUUCUGCUGACCCUGCAAUAGAUGAGGCAUCGUCACGCUUAUCCGAGGAAGUGAACAUGUCCAGUGGAAGAAAUAAGCGGCAGAGUUUGAUAAAACCACUUGUAAGUUCAACUCGACAGAGGAGGCGAGUGUGUAAGGAAACUAGUCAAACUGGCGUCAAUGAAAUUUCCCGGCAUGAAGAGGGAAACAAGACAGCAGCUGCAGCUGCAGCAGUAGCAGCACAAAAUGGUGACCGAUUCUCGAUAUCUAGUUGUAUUGAAGUGUUAAACGAAAUGGGAGGGGUGGAUCAAGAUGUUUAUCUGGCUGCUUUGGAUCUGUUUCAGGAUCCUGACCGCAGAGAAACAUUUAUAUGCAUCAAAAGUGAUCUCAAAUUGGCAUGGCUCAGGGCCAAGUGUAAUUCCCUUGUAUAAUUAUUGUAAACUACCCACGGUAGUUUUCUUUCAAUAUGUAUGAUAGCCUAAUCUAUAAAGAUUGCA